AUGGACCAGAUCAUACCCGAGCCGGACCUGCCUGCCGCCGCUCCGGCCGUGCUGCGGGACGUCGCUUCCGAGCCUCCCUUGGAGCGAAGGCAAAAAGCAAGAAAGAACUUUUCCGAGCCCGUGGCGGCGCCCAUAAACCGGUCCGGAGCCGGGGCAGAGCCGCCCCGCGGGGAGUUCAACCUCUCCGGGUUACCAGAGGCGGAGGAGAAGCCCCUCUUCGGCAUCGGCAUCGAGAACUUCAUCACCUUGAUCGUCUUCGGCUUGAUCUUCACUCUGGGGGUGCUGGGCAACUCGCUGGUGAUCACGGUGUUGGCGAGGAGCAAGCCAGGCAAGCGCCGCAGCACCACCAACAUCUUCAUCCUCAACCUGAGCAUCGCUGACCUGGCCUACCUGCUCUUCUGCAUCCCUUUCCAGUCCACAGUCUACGUGCUCCCCACCUGGGUGCUGGGUGCCUUCAUCUGCAAGUUCAUCCACUAUUUCUUCACCGUCUCCAUGCUGGUGAGCAUCUUCACGCUCUCAGCCAUGUCGGUGGACCGCUACGUGGCCAUCGUGCACUCCCGACGGUCCUCGGCCUUGCGUGUUUCCCGCAACGCGCUGCUGGGUGUGGGGCUCAUCUGGGUGCUCUCCUUUGCCAUGGCCUCACCUGUGGCUCACCACCAGAGCCUCUUCCACCGUGACGCCAGCAACCAGACCUUUUGCUGGGAGCACUGGCCCAACCCACACCACAAGAAGGUCUACGUGGUUUGCACGUUUGUCUUCGGAUAUCUGCUCCCGCUGCUGCUCAUCUCCUUCUGCUAUGCCAAGGUUCUUAAUCAUCUGCAUAAAAAGUUGAGAAACAUGUCAAAGAAGUCAGAAGCAUCCAAGAAAAAGACAGCACAGACUGUGUUGGUGGUAGUAGUGGUUUUUGGCAUCUCCUGGCUGCCGCAUCACGUGAUUCAUCUCUGGGCUGAAUUUGGAGUUUUCCCACUGACUCAAGCCUCCUUUCUCUUCAGAGUAACUGCACACUGCCUGGCUUACAGCAAUUCUUCUGUGAACCCAAUUAUAUACGCAUUUCUCUCUGAAAAUUUUAGGAAGGCCUACAAACAAGUCUUCAAGUGCCAGAUAGGUAAUGAGUCACCUCUGAAUGACGCUAAGGAAAAUAAAAGUCGGAUAGAUACACCACCAUCUACCAACUGUACACACGUGUGAACUUUGAAAAGUCCUG